CUCUUCAUCACGCCACCCCCGCAGAGACGUGGUGACGUCACAGAGAGAAGAUGGCCGUGCUGAAGGCGGAAGAGGGGCAGUGUGGGCGGCCGCGCUGAGGCUCCUCCCCUGCAUGGACUCGUCGUCAUGAGCAACAAGGAGAUGGUUUCCACGGAGACAGAGAGUAAGGGCCAGAGGAAGGUGUUUGUUCCCAACAAGCUGCUCGAGUGUCUCCCUCGUCUCUCCAGCCUGCCCAGCGAGCGUCUGCGCUGGAACACUAACGAGGAGAUAGCUUCGUACCUGAUCUCCUUCGACAGACAUGACGAGUGGCUCUCCUGCUCCCUGAAGACCAGGCCGAAGAACGGCAGCAUCAUUCUGUACAACAGGAAGAAGGUGAAAUACAGGAAGGAUGGAUACUGCUGGAAGAAGAGGAAGGACGGGAAGACAACCAGAGAGGACCACAUGAAGCUGAAGGUCCAGGGCACCGAGUGCCUGUACGGCUGCUACGUCCAUUCCUCCAUCGUGCCAACAUUCCACAGACGAUGCUACUGGCUGCUGCAGAACCCCGACAUCGUGCUGGUCCACUAUCUGAAUGUGCCGUCCCAGGAGGAUUCUGGGAAAUGUAGUCCGCUGCUGUGUGCUGUUAGCGAGCGGCACGACAGCCUGAGGUGGAGCAGAGAGGAGCUGCUGAGCCAGCUCAAACCCAUGUUCCACAGUAUGAAGUGCUCUCUGGGCUCGGGGGAUUUCAGCAUCGAAGAUCUGGUUCAACACAUCCUGGAGAGACAGAGAACCAAACCUCAGCCACGCACACACACCUGCCUCUGCACCACCGCACACG